AUGGCCACAUUUCACUACUGUAUAGAAUGUAAUAACAUGCUUUACCCUAAAGAAGAAAAGUCUCAAAAACGACUUUUAUAUGCCUGUCGGAAUUGUGAUUAUAGUGAAGUUGCAAAAAAUCUAUGUAUUUUUAGAAACGAACUUCGUUCUUCUUUGGUAGAGACAGUUGGGAUAACAGCAGAUCUAGGAUCAGAUCCUACAUUGCCAAGAAGCAAUAAAGAAUGCCCAUCUUGUCAUGGACGAGAAUCUGUUUUUUUUCAUUUACAAGGAAAAAGUGCAGAAACAAAGAUGUCAUUGCAUUAUGUUUGCGUUAACUGUGGAAAAGUUUAUUAG